AUGUAUUCUCACGUCUACCAAUUGGCUCUUGAAGUCAAAAAAGGUGUUGAGGCUGCACAUCCAAAGGUCGAUGUAGAAUUAUACCAAGUUGCCGAGACCCUUUCUCAAGAAAUUCUCGAUAAGAUGCAUGCGCCAGCCCACCCCGAUGUUCCGAUUAUUACUACUGAUAAGCUUGCCGAAGCGGAUGGCUUUUUGUUCGGUUUUCCCACAAGAUUCGGUACCAUUCCCGCUCAAUUUAAAGCAUUUCUUGAUAGUACUGGUCAAAUUUGGAUGAAAGGAGCAUUGGACAAAAAAUUUGCUGGUUUCUUCACAUCAACUGUUACCCAACAUGGAGGACAGGAGACUACCGGGUUUACUACUGUCACUUAUCUAGCUCAUCACGGAAUCAACUUUGUCCCAUUAGGCAGUGGAAUAUCUUAUUUUGGCGAUACUAGCGAAGUAAUUGGUGGAGGUUAUUGGGGCGCUGGCACCAUUAUUGGUAAUGAUGCUUCUAGACCUAUAUCCGAGAGGGAAAAGGAGGUUGCUCGAUUUCAAGGAAAGAGAUUUGCUGAAAUCGUAGCCACUUACAUUAGAGGAGCUCAAGUUAUCGAAGCGGAAAAGGCUUAG